UGCUGGUCCCAGAGAGUCCAUGCAGGAGCCGGAUGGUUAGUGUGUUUCAGGACCUGUCCAGCACACCCUCGUCCCGACACCCUUUACCCACGCCAUUCACCCCAGCCCGCUCACACCCUGCCCCGGGUCUGGACCACAGAACGGGCCCUAGUACCUCCUGGAUCUGCAGAGUCAAGACCUAGGCUGCUGUGUGUGUCCACUCUGCUCUGGAGCGCAGGCUCUGCUCAGGAGAGUGUGUGUGUCCCGUGCCAUCGGUUAAAAGUGUUGGAUUGUACCUUUAACUGAGGACAGGAAGGGAACAUCUGGACUUCCUCUCUUAUCUUAGUUUUUUCCCCCAUCGGAUGUGAAGAAAAGCGAGGGAGCGUGGUGGAGGGAUGCGGAUGAAGGGAUGAGUGAACGAGCGGAGAGAGAGGUAGUCAUGGAGUCUGUUGAGAGUGAGAGAACGCGCGCUCGGCUUGCCCGCUCCCAAAACUUCUCGGAAGUCUCUGGAACCUUGCGCAACGGGAGAACGUACUGGAGGUUGGCGUGAGCGAACAUGAGAACACUGCACCUAGAACUCUGUUGUUGUUGUGAAUACUACUGGGACCCACUCACGUUCUGUCUCUACAGAACAGGAACCGGAGCCCUCGUUACUGGACUGUGUACCAAGGACCUCUGCUUCUGUCGGCCUUAGACACCCUAAAGAUCUACACCUCAUCGGACUUUAUCUCUGUGUAGAUCUCCACAGACCGGACCAGAACAGACUGGACCAGACCAAACCAGACCAAACCCGUCUGAGCAGAUAGGACAGGACGGGACGGAGGGAUGGUGUGCCGGUGUCGGAGUGGUGGUGGAGGCAGGACCGCUGGGCAUGCUGGAAUGCGGUUGGCAACAUUGGUGUGGAUCGUCUGUUCUGGUUGGUUCUUCUGGUCUGCACACGCUCAGAUGAAGAUCCCCCCAGAAACUGUCCAGCAGUGGGCUGAGUCGUUUGGUAAACAGAUACUGGCCCUGUCGACCAAGUACUCUGGAGCACAGCUUCUGCAGAAGAAAUACAAGGACAUCCAGGGAGUGGUGAGGAUGGAGGAGGUGGAUGGAGAAGAGCUGGUGAAAAGCAUAGCAGAUGAGAUGGAGAACAUGUUGGGGAGGAAAAUGAAGAGUGUGAAGAGGUUGGCUGAAUCAGCAGAGGAUGCAGAUCUUUACCAUGAUUACAACGCCACUCUUGAGUUUGACUACUACAACUCCAUGAUGAUAAACACUGUAGACGAGGGCGGCAAUGCGUUGGAUAUGGGCUCAGAGUUUCCUCUGGAAGAGAAUGAACACUUCAACAUGCUUCCUGUCAACACUCUGCAGAGUGACAUCCAGGUGCCCACCAAUGUGUACAACAAAGAUCCAGGCAUUCUGAAUGGAGUGUACAUGUCAGAGGCCCUGAACGACAUCUUCAUAGACAACUUCCAAAAGGACCCCACGCUGACCUGGCAAUACUUUGGCAGCGCCACUGGUUUCUUCAGGAUCUACCCUGGAAUCCAGUGGACCCCAGACGAGAACGGAGUGGUGACCUUUGACUGCAGGAACAGGAACUGGUACAUCCAGGCCGCCACCUCUCCAAAGGACAUUGUGAUUGUGGUGGACGUAAGUGGCAGCAUGAAAGGCCUCAGACUGACCAUCGCCAAGCACACCAUUAACACCAUUCUGGACACACUGGGGGAGAACGACUUUGUCAAUGUCAUUGCUUACAGUGACUAUGUCCAAUACGUGGAACCCUGCUUCAAGGGAAUCCUGGUACAGGCUGACCUGGACAAUCGAGAGCACUUCAAGCUCCUGGUGGAGGAGCUGCAUGUGAAAGGAGAAGGGAAAGUUAAGAAGGCCAUGAAGGAGUCCUUCAAAAUCCUCAACGCGGCUGCAGCUCGUGGACAGGGUAGUCUGUGUAACCAGGCUAUCAUGCUGAUCACUGACGGUGCCAUGGAGGAUUUUCAAGACGUGUUUAAAGAGUUCAACUGGCCUGACCGCAGAGUCAGAGUAUUCACUUAUCUGAUUGGUCGAGAGAUGACCUUCGCCUCCAACACCAAGUGGAUCGCUUGCAACAACAAAGGAUAUUACACACAUGUCUCCACACUGGCCGAUGUGCAGGAGAAUGUUAUGGAAUACCUACACGUUCUGAGUCGACCAAUGGUCAUCAACCAUGAUCAUGACAUCAUCUGGACUGAAGCUUAUAUGGACAGUGUCUUGCCCACCACAGCCGAGCUGUUUAACACCCAGGCCCAGAGUCUGCUCCUCAUGACGUCGGUGGCCAUGCCUGUGUUCAGUAAGAAGAAGGAAACGCUGUCCCAUGGGAUCCUGCUAGGUGUGGUGGGGACAGACGUGCCUCUCAGGGAGCUCAUGAGGCUGGCGCCACGCUACAAACUUGGUGUCCAUGGUUACGCCUUCCUCAACACCAACAACGGCUACAUCCUGUCUCACCCUGACCUCCGACCCCUGUAUAAGGAGGGUAAGAAGCUGAAACCUAAGCCGAACUACAACAGUGUGGAUCUGGCAGAGGUGGAGUGGGAGGACACAGAGGAGAUACUGAGAACAGCCAUGGUGAAGGGGGAGACAGGGACGAUGUCUCUGGAUGUGAGAGCUGGUGUGGAGAAAGGGAGGAGAGUCAUGUUUCUGAAGAAUGAUUACUUCUACACCAUCAUAGAUGAGACCCCUUUCAGUCUCGGCAUGGUCUUGACCAGGGGUCAUGGAGAGUACAUCUUCAAAGGAAACGUAUCAGUAGAAGAAGGUCUCCAUGAUUUGAUGGCUCCAGACCUGACCAUCGCAGAUGAGUGGACAUACUGCGAGACAGACAUUGACCCCCAUCAUCGUAAGCUGUCCCAGCUGCAGGCUGUGAUUCGCUACCUGACGGGGAAAGAGCCGGAACUGGAAUGUGAUGAGGAUCUCAUGAGGCAGACGCUGUUUGACGCGGUGGUGACGGCUCCUAUGGAGGCCUACUGGACUGCCAUCAGUCUCAACGUUGCUAGCAUGGAUGACGGUGUAGAGACGGCGUUCCUGGGAACUCGCUCUGGCCUCAUGAGGCUCAGCAGAUACGCUGGCAUUGAGAAGCGUGUUGCCAAGAAGUUCCUCACUAAGUUGGAUAAGGAGAACAUCUUCACUCUGGACCAUUUCCCGGUGUGGUACCGCAGGGCAGCUGAGUACCCUGCUGGCAAGUUCCUGUACUACAUCCCCAUGGGGGACACCAGAGAUGUGUUUAAGGACUAUGAGGGGGACUCUAGCACCCCCACCUGGCUGGAGGACCAGGAGCAGGACAACCUGGAGGGUACCUAGAUACACCUCGGUCUGGCAUGAUGCACCCAGUUAUACUGCUCUCUCUCUCUCUCUCUCUCUCUCUCUCUCUCUCUCUCUCUCUCUCUCUCUCUCUCUCUCUCUCUCUCUCUCUCUCUUUCUCUCUCUCUCUCUCUCUCUUUCUCUCUCUCUCUCUCUCUUUCUCUCUCUGUCUCUCUCCCUGUCU